UAAAAAUGAAAGAUGCUUAAGAAGGGUUGUACUGUACCUGAAUAGGUGUGUACUUAGCUGGAAAAGGCCCACAUCAUCACAUCACAUGGGGUAAACAAACAAACAAACAAUCUGUUGUACCGGAUGAUUCUGAAGCUCACCACCACCGUCACCGUAGCAGCUUAGCAUACGGCGUUUCUUCCAUCUGCCUUUGGUGGACACAAUGAUUGACCAGUUCAUCAAUUUUGUCAUUCGACCACCCAGGGCCGAAUACAAUCCUGACCAGUACUUAUGGGAAAAGAACUUCACUCUUGCCGGUAGGAAAUUCACAAGACAAGAUCUGGAGCUCAGGAAUAGUAGAGGGCAUACGUUGAGGUGCAGCCAUUAUUUGCCGUCACCGUUCCCAGCCGACACUUCUCUCCCUUGUGUCGUAUACUGCCAUGGAAACAGUGGAUGUAGGGCAGAUGCAAAUGAGGCUGCUGUUAUUCUUCUACCAUCAAACAUUACGGUGUUCACUCUUGAUUUUUCGGGUUCGGGGUUAUCUGACGGCAAUUAUGUCAGCCUCGGUUGGCAUGAGAGAGAUGACCUCAAGGUUGUUGUCUCGUAUUUGAGAAAAAAUGAACAGAUAUCACGCAUUGGUCUAUGGGGACGUUCUAUGGGUGCAGUCACUAGCUUACUCUAUGGUGCGGAAGACCCUUCUAUAGCUGGAAUGGUGUUGGAUAGUGCUUUCUCUAACUUAUUUAAUCUAAUGAUGGAACUGGUUGAUGUGUAUAAAAUCCGGCUUCCCAAGUUUACGGUGAAGGUGGCUCUGCAGUACAUGCGUCGAGUGAUUCAAAAGAAAGCAAAAUUCGAUAUAAUGGAUAUUAACGCCUUGAAGGUUGCACCGAAAACAUUCAUUCCCGCUUUAUUUGGCCACGCCAAAGGCGACAAGUUUAUACAACCGCACCACUCAGACCUCAUCUCUCUUUCCUACGCGGGAGAUAAAAACAUGAUAAAGUUCGACGGCGAUCACAACUCAACUCGUCCGCAAGUUUUUUACGACUUGGUAUCCGUAUUCUUCCACAACGUUCUUCACCCUCCGCAAGUAUCACCGGAAUGUUCGAGCAGAUACGAGAAAUAUUAUGACCUCGGAGAUCUUCAGGUCGAUGCUGGUAUAGAAGAGCAGAACUCCGUGUUGAAUGUUGCAAGAAUGGGUAGUCUUCACAAACCGUCACAAUUGCAGGACAAUCCGAGUGGUCAAAUUGAGGAGUGUUGUUCGUAUACAAGCUCAAAUAGAGAGAGCUGGGGAAGAUGCUCAUCAUUGGGUAGUGUUGGUGAACCUUUUCCAGACUGCAACGUGUCUAAUGACAGUGAGGUGACGUUGAAGGUGCUUGCAACACCUCUUCGAACCAGUAAACAUGCACCGGCAGCAGCAGAUGUAAAGAAAGAUAAAAAGAAAGUUUCAACGGCUUCAAAGAAAAGUGGACGUGACAAGUUUGAAAAACUAGAGGCCCUUAGUCAGCGGCUGCGCCUCUGCAUCCUGAAACGUGUCAAGCAUAGGAGAAACCAUUCAUCCUAAAUUUGUAACAUACUUAGGUUCUAGGUUUUAAGAUGAUUUUUCGAUUUGAUUUUCUUUAACAUCUGCUUGGUAACAACUAACAUGUAAGCCUAAGUCAUUCUUUUUCUAACCAGAACUGACAAGCAGAUUAUGCGAGGCCCGCUCGCUGUUGUGUUUUGUUCAUGUGAAGCUUAAUUAGAGUCAAAUACUGAUUUC